AUGGAGGUGUUACGACGUGGUGCCCAGCACUCGAGCGAAGACUCGCCAGUCUCUAUGAGCUCCUCUCUUCGUGUAGCUGUCUACCUGAGCAACCAACUUUCUGCUCUACUAGACCAAGAGCAUAACGACACUAUUAUCCGCGAGUUAGAACUACAGGAAUGCUCCUCCCCAGACACGAUACUUGCAAAAGUGCUCACCCCGCAAUCCAUUUCAAGUACGUCCUCGUCUUUUGCGCAAUUCCAGAACUCACAGCAAAGUCUCCCGGUCGUGGAAUACCGUGCGAUCGGCUUCGGUCAAUGCGGCCUGAUAUUUGAAAAGCCUGGACACGGAUUUGCUUUGAAAAUUGCUAAGCGAUCCUACGAAGACGCUCUCUGGAACGACCUCACGGUCCAUCUGCGGAUACAGGAGGCUUUUGACCAACCCCAGAACAAAGACUCUGAGUGCCGUGUCCCUCGACUUUUCUCCUAUAUCUCGAAAGAUAGCAACGUCUGGUGGGAGCAGAAUCUGAGCCUUUUCCGGAAUGUCCACGCAUCAAUCUCGCUACCUGCCAUGACAUUAGUUUCGCAAAGAAUCCUCCCUCUGCCUAAAAUCGCUCGAGAGAUACUAAUCAACAAGUAUUGCGCCGCUGCAUCUCGUGCAUUUGUGGCUGCUAAUCCUACAAAUCGGGAUUGCUUAGCACGAAUAUAUUUGGGUAGUCGACGCGCCACAAAAAUCCCUCCACCAAACUUCACCCUUCGCAACUUCAACAUUUAUGUGGAUCAACUGGUUGAAAUGAAAUUUCCUAUUGAGAAGCUUGCAGCUUCUAUAGGGGAGGCACUUGCCAUAAUCCAUUGGUCUGCAAACGUCGAUGCCUAUGAUAUUGAAUUUGUUCUCGGUAGUGAAGCAGACUCUAAAUACUCGCAUGAUGUUCUUGCUGACCUGAAUCUGACUUCACGCCAAGUGGCCGCGAUGCCGCCGCACACUGAUCUUGAGUCAAUCAUAAGCGUCAAUUUCCUUCGCCGGACAACGCGCCUUUGGAUCAUUGAUUUUAAUCUCUGCCAUAGUUGGGAUGAGGACACAGCGCUCAAUCAUCCCGAAGCACUGAUCGAGCAACUUGUCGAAUCAUUUUUUGAAAAUGAUCCGUACUAUCCUCUGCCGCUCGUUAAUACUUACCCAGAGAAAGAACUAUGGGAACUUUUCAGCUCAAGCUACAUUACAAAGGCCAGUAAAGUUCUUCAUGAGAAGGACAGACGGCUAGCUUGUCUUCCCCAGCAAUUUAUUAAUGGUUGCAUUCAACGGGAGAUAGAAAGUCUUCAGAAAGGUCUGGGCCAUGGACACCGAGAAACAAGGCAGUGA